AUGGCUAAUAAUAAAUUAUUACCAAAAUUAUUACAAAAUUUGCUUGAUAUUUUAAAUGAUGAAGAGUAUUAUGAUAUUACUAUUGAAGUUGGAAAUGAUCCUUAUAUAAAAAUAUUUCGUUGCUCAAAUGGGGAAGAUGCGCCCAGACAUGUUCUAACACUACAUGUGGCUAUUGAAAUGAAUAUUAACUUUGUAUAUAUCUGUUAUGAUAAUAGGAAUUUAAAGGAAGCAAACAAACCGGAAACAGGAAAACAACGAUCAAAAAAACAACAUAUAACCAUAGUAAACAACCACUUUAACAUUAUAAAACCAAAACAUGAAUGGAUAAUUCAGGAUAUUAAUAUAUCCGAGAAGUUUUAUAAUUACCAAUUGUCAGUUCUUGAGACACUAAAAACAACCGGACUGACGUGGCACCAUACAUAUGAUAUUUUAGCGCUUUCAAAUAUUAUUAUACUCACACAACAAUGUCCCUAUCAAAAUUUCUUUACUCGUAAAGGGUGGAAAAUAAUAAUUGAUACAAAUCCAUACAAGUUGAAAGAUCCCGGAAUACCACCUUCAAUGUUGGCAUCUUUACACGAUGCUGCACUAAAGCAUUUAUGUGGAAAGGAUAGCUUAAUUUAUCCAGAUCAAACUCCUCUUAGCAGGAUCGAGCAUUUAACGAACUAUUAUGAAGUGCAAAUAGACCGUUCUGUUAAAGCAACGAGACAAAGGCCUGAUUUUUCAUGUACUGUUGACGCUCAUUUACAGGCAGGAGAAACUAUCAAUCAGCAAUUAUAUUCAAAAGGUGGUGAUGCUUUACAAUCAUAUAUUAUGGACUUACGGUUUGAUGACUUAUAUCGAUCAUGGCCUUUCCUUACUUCAAGGCUCGUGAUAGACGAACCCAUUUUACCAUUAAUUGAAUCGAAUUUUAUACAUUUUGCGACUCGGGAGAACGUGUUUCCAAAAUUACAGAAAACUAUACGCGUAGCGUACCUGAUUUUCUUUAGAUUAAAAGAAUAA